AUGUCUCGCCCAGCAACGAUCUUUACAGGCCUGUUGGUCUCGGGAGCGAUCCUGUACCAGUUCAGGACAGAGCUUACUUCGGACAUGCGCCAACUCAGGAACCAGCUUAACGAAGCCCAGAACCGUCUUGCUGGAUCUGUUCCCGGCGGCAAGAUCACCAACGUCCUGACAUCACACCCUACGGCGUCGAUCCUGGAGAAGCCCAAGGAGCUCCUGGACGAGUCGGCGGCAUACGUCCAGAAGCGUGUGGUGCCUACGGUCAAGGAUACCUGGAACUCUCAUGUCAUUGGCUUGGCCGAGAAUGUCAAUGAUUUGGAUGCGGAGAAGAUCCAGAAGAUCGCCAAGGAUGUCAAGGACAAGUGGCUGUAA